AUGCCACCAUCCAAGCGGCACCGCGAAGAAAAUGCCUCCGAAAGCGAGCCUACAAUUGCACCGGAAAACUUCACAGUUGGCUGGAUCUGUGCUCUGCCCAUCGAGCUGGCAGCCGCGGCCGAGAUGAUGGACGAGGAGUUUGCCGACCUACCCUGCAACCCGACCGACUCUAAUAUCUACUCUUUCGGCCGCAUCGGAAACCAUAACGUCGUGGCUGCUUGCCUGCCAGCCGGUCAGAUGGGUACGAACCAAGCAGCUGUUGUUGCCAGCCAUAUGAACGCCAGCUUCCCCUCGUUGCGAUUCGGCGUUUUGGUCGGCAUCGGUGGUGGAGUCCCGAACCUCGAUGCGGAUAUUGAUAUUCGGCUCGGCGACGUCGUAAUCAGCCAGGCUGCAGAUCACUAUGGUGGAGUGGUUCAAUACGAUUUUGGAAAAACUGGAGCUGACGGCCGUGUCGCUCGUACCGGCAGCCUCAACGCGCCGCCGAGGAUUCUUCUCAACGCCUUGGCUAAGCUUCGUGCCAAUGACUUCCGGGACAGGACGCAAGUCGUUGGGCAUCUAUCGAAGCUUUCUAGCCAGCCAAAGUUCGCAUCCCCAGGUCCUGAAAAUGAUAUGCUUUAUGAAGCAUCAUCACAGCACAAGGCCGGAGCUACGUGUGUGAAAUGCCGGCCGGAGGAUAUGGUUGAUAGGGAAACGCGUACAACGACAGAUCCACGGUUAUUUUUUGGCACGAUUGCAUCUGGUAACCAGGUGAUGAAGGAUGGAUUAACGCGCGACAGAUACAGCCGGGAAUUAGGUGGUGUAUUAUGUUUUGAGAUGGAAGCGGCCGGCCUUAUGAACAGCUUUCCAUGUAUCGUCGUCCGUGGGAUUUGCGACUAUGCGGAUGCGCACAAGAACAAGCGUUGGCAACCGUAUGCAGCAGCAACUGCGGCAGCAUGCGCAAAAGAGCUUCUCUCUGUCAUACCUCGAGAAAAGGUCCUCGAGGAGAAGCUUGUUCGACAAUUAAUCCCUAUCGCCGAGGAACAACUACACGUUUCCAUACAUCAACGGGAUAUUGCUGCUCAGCAACUCGCAGAGCUUCAGCUGCAGAGCGAGAUUAUCAAAGAUCGCCCCGUGGACCUUCCUAUUGUUUUUCAAGCACGUUACGACAGCACCGAUAUUCAAGAAAGCCCGAGAUCUGGCCCUGCAGGGACCGGAAAAUCGACCAUCGCACGCACUGUGGCUGACACGUUCUUCAACGAGAAACGACUUGUUGCUGGCUACUUCUUCAAAAGAGGAGAACGGGGCCGCAAUGACACGACGCGUCUGUUUCCCACACUCGCUGCGCAGCUUGCCGAAACAAUUCCUCACUUCAAAAGCUGUCUUCAGAAAUCCGUUGGCGGUCUUGACAGAGACGCGGUGGAAAAGAAGGGCCUUGCCAUCCAGUUCGAGAAGCUGUUGUGGCUCCCUUUGGGUGACUUACCUCGAACUGACGCGAACCACGGAUCUCGGAUAAUUAUCAUCGAUGCUUUGGACGAAUGCGAGCAACCCGAACACCUCCCGCUGGUUCUUAGCCUAUUAUCCAAGCUUCGCAACAUCCUCACAGUACGAUUGCGUAUUCUAUGCACAAGCAGGUCCGCCCCGAAAAUCGCAAAUGCGUUCAGGCUUCUUGCUCAAGAGAAGGCUGUUUACAGCUUAGAGCUACACCGAGUAUUCUCUGAAGAUACUAAGAAUGAUAUACAGAUCUUUCUGAAGACUAAAUUCGCACAAAUUAAAAGAGACUGCAACGUGGAUCAAAAUCCGUGGCCUACUGUUAACGAUUUGGAUCGCAUGGUUCAACUGGCCACAACCCCCGAACCCCUUUUCAUCUAUGCUGCAACUCUUUGCCGGUUCGUCUAUGAUGAGAAGCGACCAUGCAACCCGAAGAAGCAACUGAAGUCGUGGCUAAAGCAAUGCGAAGACGGCAAGUCUCAGCUGCAUCAAAUCUACGAUCCUGUUCUCAGUCAGGUGUUCCUCGGCAACGAAGAAGCAGAAUCUGGCCAGCAGCUGCAGUUCCUAGGGGCUAUUGUUCUUCUCGCGACUCCUUUGCCUGCCACAUCUCUCACUGUGCUUCUCGGCUUGGAUGUGGAUGAUGUGAACUGGUGGCUUCCAGAGUUGCAUGCAGUGCUAGAGAUCCCUCCCGAGCCUCACCGUCCUAUUCGACUGCUACACAAAUCGUUUAGCGACUUUCUCCUCAGCUCCAAGGACAGCGGGAUAAGCAAGCAUUACAUAGACGCUGCAGAAACACACGGUAAGCUCGCGGCACGAUGUAUCAAACGCAUGAAGGCGGGGCUCAAACGGGAUAUCUGCGACAUUCGAAAACCAGACGGGCUCAGAGAUAAGAUCGACAAGCAAAUGAUGGAUACACAUAUCCCCGCUGAUCUCCAGUAUGCCUGCGUCUACUGGGUUUACCAUUUACAGCAAAGUGAAGGGCCUGUAGGAGAUGACGUCUACGUGUUUCUUUGCAAUCAUCUUCUUAAUUGGUUAGAAGUCUUGGCAAUUUUGGGUAAAGUCUCGGAUGGUGCCGCUGCGAUGAAGCAGCUUCUUGCUAUGCGCCAGGCUCCAAACGCACCUGGGGAACUGAGCGAGUUUAUAAAGGAUGCAAGCAAGGUUAUUGCAGCUUUUGGAUCUAUAAUCGAACAGACACCUCUUCAGAUCUAUGAGGCGUUAAUAUUGUUCUCCCCUAUUGCAAGCAAAGUGCGGCAAAGGUUUUGGGACCAAGGACUGCGGGAUCUCCGUAUUCAAGGGAUAAAGCCGGACUGGGAUGCGCAUCGCCAAACACUCGAGGGCCACGACGACCCGGUAAACGCAGUGGCCUUUUCGCCGGACGGCCAGGUGGUAGCGUCGGCGUCAACCGACAAAACGGUGCGGCUUUGGGACGCGGCAACGGGGGCGCAUCGCCAAACACUUGAGGGCCACGAUAAUAGGGUUACCGCAGUGGCCUUUUCGCCGGACGGCCAGGUGGUAGCGUCGGCGUCAUGGGACGCAACGGUGCGGCUCUGGGACGCGGCAACGGGGGCGCAUCUUCAAACACUCCCGUUGGGCAUCGCUAAAACUCUCGCUUUCCACUCGUCAUCCAGCACGCUACUGCUUACCGAUUUUGGAGCUGUGGACCUGCUUACGAACUCUUUGUCAAAUGGACCGCUACCGCCACCCGAUGAAACACCCUUAUCUCCAACUUUUUGUAACAUUGGCCUAAGUCCCGAAAGGACUUGGGUUAUGCUAGGGGAUGCAAAGAUCCUUUGGCUCCCUAUCGAGUACCGACCAACGUGCUCUGCAGUUCGAGAGUGA